CGGGGCCGAGGGUAGCUUGAGCGCGGCGGCGGCGUUGUUCAGUCAGAGCGAGAACAUUCCAGAGGUCGCCAGGUUCGGCGCUGCUGGUGUGGACGCGGACGUCGCUGGGACAGUCCCUCCCGCUGCUCGGCGGCGGCACCUGCCCAGCCGCCCCUCCGCUCGCCGCCGGCCCCGCCGCUCCGGACCCGGUUUCCAGCGCCUCUUCCUCCCAGUCCCGGGCGAGCCGCGUUGGGUUUAUGUCUUUAUUUUGACGAAAACGGUGAGUCGCGGGCGGCGGGCCAUGGCGGCGGCAAGAUGGCGGGCGCGGCCGCGUGACCUGCCGCGCGUGUGGCGCAGUUUGGGGGGGGCCGGUCUCUGCGGGAGCGAGCGCGCGCGCGCGCCGUGCCGGGCUGAGUCAGCCCGGGGCGCGUUUGUGACUCAGGGAGGGCCGCAACCUCUGCCCCGCCGGCCGCCGGAAGAGGGAGGCCGGGCGCUAGGCUCUGACUGUCGCGUAGCCAUGGGGACGAGGGCGAAGGUCGGCCGUGCGCCGAGGGAGCGAGCGAAGGGAGCCCGGGCGCGGCUUCGGCCGCGUUCCUCGUGCUCCGACGGAGCCAAUGGCUCCUGGCCUGGACGCGCCUCCCUGAAGCCACCGGAGUCGCCGAAGCCGCAACUUCGCGGUUGGCAGAUCGGGCUCGACGUUUCCGGUUUUCCCACGAUGGCAGCCCGGGGAAGCGCCAUUGGAGAAGUUGGUGGCCCGCGGGCUUGAACUGAGGGAGAGAAGGGCCCGGAUCCCCCUUUUCUUCGGCAGUUACAACGCGGUCGCUCGGCAGGGGCCGCCUAUGACUCGCCGCUGGUCUUUGACCUGACAAACUCCCAGCAGCUGAGGGAGCAGGGUUUGUGUUUCGUGUGUUGUUCUCCUCCUUUCGAACAUUUCCCUGCCACAGUCACAACUCUUGUCAAGAUGGUGGCCUGCUGGGUUCCUGGAGUUGUGCUUUGUUACAUGGGAAUGUCAGCUGUUUUCUCACAAGAACUGGGGCUUUUUUUAAAUCUAGGAGUGUUAGUUCUGUGAGCUGCUCAGGGAACAGGAAGUUAUUCCGGGUAGGAAUGAUACUAAACCUGUAGGGUUGUUGUGUGUUUUCUUCUUUUCUCUUUCAGAGCUGUUGCGCAGCCAUUGGUACCUGUAUUGGGGAAACAUAGCAUACAAGCAAGAAGCUUACAGCCUCAGUGGCCAAAAUUUUUUCAUGUCAGAGACCGAGAACUCUUGCAGUCGUUUAUGUCAUCCCUUCUUCUCCAGACAGAAGAUACCAAAAAGUUGCAAUCAAAGAUCUGUUCAUCUUAUUGAUAAAGUCACUAAUAAGCCAAAAUGUCUGUCAACGUCAACCGCAGCGUGUCAGACCAGUUCUAUCGCUACAAGAUGCCCCGUUUGAUUGCUAAGGUUGAGGGCAAAGGAAAUGGAAUCAAGACAGUUAUAGUCAACAUGGUUGACGUUGCAAAGGCGCUUAAUCGGCCUCCAACGUAUCCCACCAAAUAUUUUGGUUGUGAGCUGGGAGCACAGACCCAGUUUGAUGUUAAGAAUGACCGUUACAUUGUCAAUGGAUCUCAUGAGGCGAAUAAGCUGCAAGACAUGUUGGAUGGAUUCAUUAAAAAAUUUGUUCUUUGUCCUGAGUGUGAGAAUCCUGAAACAGAUCUGCAUGUCAAUCCAAAGAAGCAAACAAUAGGUAAUUCUUGUAAAGCCUGUGGGUACCGAGGCAUGCUUGACACACAUCAUAAACUCUGUACAUUCAUUCUCAAAAACCCACCUGAGAAUAGUGACAUUGGUACAGGAAAGAAAGAAAAGGAAAAGAAAAAUAGAAAGGGCAAGGACAAGGAAAAUGGCUCUGUAUCCACCAGUGAGACACCACCACCUCCACCACCGAAUGAAAUUAGUCCUCCACAUGCUGUGGAAGAAGAGGAAGAUGAUGAUUGGGGGGAGGAUACAACUGAGGAGGCUCAAAGGCGCAGAAUGGAUGAAAUCAGUGACCAUGCAAAAGGUCUGACACUUAGCGAUGAUUUGGAAAGAACUGUAGAAGAGCGCGUUAACAUCCUGUUCGAUUUUGUUAAGAAAAAGAAAGAAGAGGGCAUUAUUGAUUCAUCUGAUAAAGAAAUUGUGGCUGAGGCAGAAAGACUGGAUGUAAAAGCCAUGGGUCCUCUUGUUUUGACCGAAGUUCUCUUUGAUGAGAAGAUAAGAGAGCAAAUCAAGAAAUACAGGCGCCAUUUUCUAAGAUUUUGUCAUAACAACAAAAAGGCUCAGCGGUACCUUCUUCAUGGUUUGGAAUGUGUGGUGGCGAUGCAUCAAGCUCAGCUGAUCUCCAAGAUUCCUCAUAUCUUGAAGGAGAUGUAUGAUGCAGACCUAUUAGAAGAGGAGGUCAUUAUCAGCUGGUCAGAAAAGGCCUCUAAGAAAUAUGUCUCAAAAGAACUUGCCAAAGAGAUUCGUGUCAAAGCAGAGCCAUUUAUUAAAUGGUUGAAGGAAGCAGAGGAAGAAUCUUCUGGUGGUGAGGAAGAAGAUGAAGAUGAAAAUAUUGAGGUGGUAUAUUCAAAGACUGCCAGUGUACCAAAAGUUGAAACUGUGAAGUCUGACAACAAGGAUGAUGACAUUGAUAUUGACGCCAUUUAAAAAGGAUGGAUGCAACUUAGCUUAACAGUGUAAUGCUGCAAAUUUUUCUCCAUUAUCAGCCAGAAGUGCAACAUGUAUGUGCAAGAGCUAAAGUGGCUUAACAUCAUGCUACACUUGAUACUAAAAAGCUAUUACUGUGAGUGGUCUAUAAUUAAGCCCAGUGAGACAUCUAGGGAGUCCAUACAUAUCAGUGAGCAGUUGUAGUUUGCUUAUUUAUAGCAUGUUUCUUUCGGAAAAACUAGUGGUGGACACAUUUGGAUCACAUUUAUACAGUUACAAAAAAAAAUAAAGAUUUGAUUUUGGUCAUUCUUCAGACUUUGGGCUAUGGGUGGCUUAUACUGAAGUAAUUGACUACUUUUAGGAUGUUAUACCAUUUAACUUAGGCUCCUUGAGUUUGGUAGGUUGUUAGGUGCUGAAAACUUAAAGAAUACAAACAAAUAAAAUGACCUUACUCAGCCAUUAAGAAAUGAAGUAUUUUGAAGUUGUAUCUCCAACCCUAGUUCAUUCAGAUUGGCAACUGACAAUACUUGUCAUUCUAAGGAAAUUUGAUGAUUAAAUGACAGUGUGACAUCCUCAUGAGAAGUAAAAAUGACCUGUGUGUCUUAUGGUUUAAGAGCAAAUUUUGAAACUUGAGUUGUGGUUUUUCAGUUUGUGUACACUCACCCCAAAUUGUAGUCUUUCGAGUUGUGUGCAUUGCACGUUGGAUAAGCCAGGGAAAUUAUUAACAAAUAAGUAUUUUGUGUGUAUUUAGUGGUUGCUUUGUACUGAGAGAAAAGCUUUGAGGUGUGAUUAAAUCAUAAACUGAUUCUAUUUGGGAGAAACAGGAAAAAAGGUGCACUUAAUCUCUAGCUAAAACAGCAUAAUUUUUUCAACUUUUACCCUUAAAUUAUAAUUUCAAGAUGUUUAGACAUACUGUAUCUUGUGUUUGUGUUCCCCCCUCCCCAAUAUUAUGGUUUAUUCUUUAAUGCCUUUUAAUUUGGAUAUAAUAGCUUGUACUUUAGAUUUUGGUUGCUAUCUUGCCAAAAUAAGUGUUACUGUUUUUUCAAGCUUGAUCCCCUUCCCCAAUUGUCUUAUUUAAAGAGAAAGUUAAACUCAUACUUCUGAGUCGGAGCCUGUAUUUUGGUGUAAGACUUGGGAUAUUUUUUACUUCACAUUGAAUAUAGCUGGAUACCUGAGAAGUCUGGUGAUGGCCACUGGGUGGGUAUAGCUAGCUAAGGCCUGACCAGCCCAUUCAGAGCCUUGGACUUCAGACACAAAAGUGAGUUUCUUACUUGCUGGUGUAAGCUCUAUCUGGGGUCCUGACUAUAUUUGAAUACUUGUCUUCAAUAUUAAAAACAUAGCACAUUUCUUUCCACAAAAGUGCAUUUUGGGAGUUAAAAAACCCAUGUGGUUAAUUUGUGUGUACCGUGCUAGCUCAUACAUUAUUUGGAUCUUAUUCUUUGUGUCAUCCAUCUCACAGAUUAUAAGACUAAUAAACAUGUUAAAAAAAAACAUUCUGCAUUGAAAUCAUACAAACAUUUGGUAAAAUUAAAACCUUAAUAAAGAGUCUGAGUGUGGAACAGGAGCCAUAUACCUGGAAUGGUAACAAGGGAAUGUGCUGUGUCACACCAAAGAAGUACUUGAAAAGUCACUUGUCUCCUGGGUUUCAGAUUCUUUGUUGCAUGGCCAGCCCAUCCAUUUGUCAUCAUUUUUUGAGAUUCUCAAGUAGAUCAGCACAUUUGGCCUCAGGUUGGCAAGAUUUUGUCUUAGAGCUGUUGCUUUAAAGGGAAACAGUCGGGUCUUAGACCACUUAGAAAGGUCUUGGUCUUCUGUUGAUUCUGGUGUCAAACCAGUGGGGUUCAAAUUUCAUACAAUCUGGGUUUUAUUCGUGGAGGUUAACCAGAUAAGAGUAAUCCUUCAUUGCUCUAUUGAGGUGUCUUAAAAAGUUUCCUGUUUCAAACAGCUACAUUACUUGAUUAAAACAAUGUUAAAAUUAAAUUUCUGUCUGCUUUAAUAUGGAAAAGAUAUGUUUUCAUUUUAUUGUAAGUAAAAAGCACUGUGAAUGCUAUCCAAGAUUAUAACUCAUGGUUUGGAUUUGA